GGUUAUAUAUUAGUUAGCAACACCGAGAAAAGCCCCAACAUGGAACUUUUUUGUUUGGAAAAGGACGCAAUCGUGCGAGCUCAGAGAGAUCCCAACAUCUUCUGCGAUGAAAGGGUACUGCAAAGUCUUUUAACAGUGGAGGACAGAUAUGUUCCGCAGGGACCCUAUUUUAAAUGUGUCCAGAAGGAAAUUCAGCCUUUUAUGAGGCGGAUGGUCUCGACGUGGAUGCUGGAGGUUUGUGAAGAAGAGAAAUGUGAAGAGGAUGUCUUUCCCUUGGCUAUGAACUACCUGGACAGAUUUUUAGCUGCAGUCAAUACAAGAAAAUGUUAUUUGCAGCUUUUAGGGGCCGUGUGUCUCUUCCUGGCUUCAAAAUUAAAAGCAUGCCAACCGCUGUCGGCCAGGAAGCUCUGCAUAUACACAGACAACUCUAUUACAUCUCAACAACUGCUGUGGGAGUUGGUGGUUCUUAAUAAAUUGAAAUGGAACCUGGCUGCCAUCACCCCACUUGACUUUAUUGAACACAUCCUGCACAAACUGCCCUUUCCCGAAGAGAGACUGACGCUGAUCCGCAAACAUGCACAAACCUUCAUCACCCUCUGUGCAACAGAUCACAGCUUCACCAUGUACCCUCCCUCUAUGAUCGCUACAGGAUGUGUGGGGGCAGCAGUAUGUGGCCUCCAGCCUGACCAGAGCAAUCAAAAUCUGUGGGGGGACAGUCUGACAGAGCUGCUGGCUAAAAUCACCCACACUGAGGUGGAUUGUCUGAAAUCUUGUCAAGAGCAGAUCGAGCAGUUACUGACCAGCAGCCUGAAAGAAAGUCAACAACAGCAUCAACAGCUACAGGAGGGCAGAGCCAGCAACAAAGGGACGGAAUCUCAAAGUCUGUCCUGCACCCCUACAGAUGUCCGUGAUGUUAACUUAUGAUGUCGGUUCCUGUUCCCAUUCACCUCCUCAGCCUAGAAAAGAUUCACUUGUCAUUAUAUUACUGAAUGGAAAUUGAAUUUCAAAGCCUCAUUAGAUGGUUAUACACACAUAAUACAUGAACGCAAGCUUGAUAUUUUAUAACAGAGCAUAACAGCUGCUACUGCCGUCUCAUAUCCGCAGGCGGUGGCGUUUUACAUACUUGAAAUGUAAUUGAAUUGGCCUCAAACAAUGAUUUAAUAAUGCAGUAUGGUGCGUAUUACUUAACAAAGAGCACACAUCUGUUUUGGCUAUCAUAUACAACUGUAUUAUUAUUAUAAUUUUUGUGGUUAUUUCAUAAUUAUAAUAAUAAUACCUAUUAUUCUAAAAAAAUAUAUAUAUUAUGCUUUUUAUUUUAUAAAAUGUAUUUCCUUAGUAAUUCCCAGAGGCUAUUUUUUAUAUAAUAUUGGAAGCAUGUGAUCCCAGGAAAAAUGCUGUUCUGGGGUCUAUCAGUCCUUUCAGUGGGAUCUAUUUUCUUAUCAUAGAGAUAUUAAUACAAUGAUCUGAAGAAUUACUUCUCAGAUACAGGUGACUCGUAGUAUAGAGAUUAUUUACAGUGAAUGUUAUAGCAUGCCAUAAGGAUACAUGAAUAUAUGUUAAACCAUUUCUAUCCAUGCAUGGUGACCAUCACGGCUUCAUGAGGGCACAGGACAGUUCAGAUGGACACUAAGUAUGAAGUGUAGGUGGAGUAAAGGUAGGGAGAGAAGGAAGGAGUGAAAAGAGGCGAAUCGAAGAAUACAGAUUGAAAGGUUUUGCACGUGGUUGAAAUAUGAACGGUUUUAGGCAGGUGUUUUUUGGAACGCUCUAAAGUUUAUAAUGAAUAAGUGUGAAGCUGUUCGCUUUUUUGACCUGUUAAACACCAUCACUUAUGGGUCAGAGACACUCGCAAUGCUGGAGGGAUUCAAUCAUUUGGGAGUCUUAAAAUCCUUCUUAGCAAAGAUGAUACAAAUGCACUUUCAGAUAUCACCUCUCACUGGUUAUCCGUGGUAUACAAGAGGAGGGCGAAUCAUUCUAAAGGGUUUUUAUUUUAUUUGCAUUAUUUUUCUUAAAUUAUUUUGUUUUGGGGCUGGUUUCCCAUAUUAGCUGUGCCUUGCGGGUUAUAGUUUUAAAUUUAGACCAAUACAUUUAGACCAAAAACUGAUCUAACAGUCAUCUACCAAUUGAAAUGGUGAGGCUUGACAUGCCAAGAUUGGUUGCGUUUUACUUUAGUUGUGUUGAAUUCAUGUCAGCAUAGAUAGGACAUCAUCAAAUUAUUAUCAUUAAAUCACUUUAUUUUAUUAGUUUAUUUUAUUUUCUGUUCUCAAAAUAUCAGUCAUCUACUUGAACUUUUCUCAUAUAUAGGAAAAAGAUAUUUUGAAACAUUACGCUGUUUUCCUUUCUAUGUAUUCAUUUGUUCUUGCACUUUUGAGAAUUUAUCCUCUUUAUAUUAAUGGACUUAAAAGUAACUCGGAGGUCUGAGAUGUUUACUUCAAACAUACUAUGCGUUGUGCUGACAUCAACGUGCCAUUCCAACACGUCUAUGCAAGCGAUGUUAUGAGUGUUUUUCAAACAAAGUUAAUUUUCAUUCUCAAUGUUCACCUAUUUUCACCCAUUUAGGUUUUGAGAGAGUUUGUGUACUGUAUUAUAUCCUUAAGUUCAUUUUGUGUUCUUCCUUUUCCUUUAUCUAUGUGUAAAUGUUUGAACUUGUGUUCCAGUGCUGCUAAAAGAAAAAGAAAAAUGAAAAAAGAGCUAUUGCAUACUUAAUAUCGGUUUCCAUGUUGCUGCUAUGUCAAAAUUAUUGAACGUGUUUUUAUGGUGGCUGCAUGUCUGUUUUCUGUUGGCAUUUACACUGUCAAUUACUUUCAUGCAUGAAGUGCCUUGGCAGUUAUUUGCAGAUAUUUGCAUGAACAGUCUCGCCUCAUUUGUGUUAAAUCUAACUUAACUGUUGUCUGACUUCUUUUUCUAGCUAUUAUAUUACUUUCUGUAAUGAAACGCCUUUAUUGUUUUCAAAUAAUGUUCCUGCCCAGUAACAAUACCUCACAGAACUUCAGUCAGGAUAUUUCUAGAAAAGUAGCAGGAUUGAAAAGAUAAAGCCGGUGUUAAGGUUAAGCCUACAAGGUUGUUUUUUUAUUAACUUGUUAGAUACACAUUUGCCAAACAGCUGUAAAGGUAUUUUCUUAUCAGGUGGUUGAUGUAAGACUGGAGCAACGCAUCGUUUUCAAAGAAAUUUUGUUUGAAUUUAUGUUAAAGCAGCCACCUUUUGUUGAAAGUUCCACCUCCAGAUCCAAAAAUUCCAUCAGUUUUAUUUUUGCCCUAGAGCACUUGCCUUCAAUUAUCAGACAUUCAAUUAAAUAAAUCUCAAUUUGAAAAAUAAAAAUUGUGUUCAG